GAGCAGGCAACGCCAGUCAAAGGAGGAGAAGAAGAAGCUUGUUGAACCCCUCGUGAAGCGGGAACUGACAGCUCGCUAGCAUGGACUGGGGUCAAACCGAUCUACCGUCUCCGGUGGUUCGAGACGACGAAGUGACGAUCGCUGCUCGCAGGAGGAGGAAGAAGGUGGCUUUCCCGUCGCCAGGAAGUGGCAGCCCCGUCGCUGCCAUGGUAACGCCCGCCCGGUCUCUGGGGAGGACGACCCCGGCGUCCCUGUUCAGACAGGCUGUGACUCCCAGGGUUCCAGACGUCUCCUCCAUUUUGGCUCCAGGAGGUCGGACGCCUCGAUACACUCACACCCCGAGAAACGGACUCAGCAGCGCGAAUCUGGACGACAGCGACUGGACCAACAGCAUGUACCCGUCCCCCGUCUCUGACCUAGAAAACACCAGCUUCUUCAGGGACGACGUGACCAACCUCAGCUCAGCGCUGUUAAAGGAGGACGACCCCGGAGAGACCGCGGCCGCCAGCAUGUUCCCAGAGUUCCUGGCGUCCUUCCUGAAACACUCUUCGUCCGCCGUGUUUGACCUGCUGGACGAUUAUCAGGCGCUUUGUCAGGACAAGGUGGACGUGCUGCAGUCCGUGGUCCUCAGAGCCGGUCAGAACAGUAAAACGGCCGGAGUCCGGUGGCUCCUGCAGCAGGAGAACUGCACCUGGAGGCUCAUCGCGUCGCUCUACAGGGACCGGGUCCAGUUGGCGCUGGAAGACGACAUCAUGACGGACUUGGUUGGUCCCAGUGAGAGCGAGAAGAUUGUGGUGGAGCAGCUUUUCCAGCGCGACGCCGUCAUACGACAGAGUCAGCUGGUGGUCGAUUGGCUGGAGAGCAUCGCCAAGGACCAGAUGGGCGACUUCUCCGACAACAUCGAGUAUUACGCCAAAAACGUGUGCUGGGAAAACACGCUCCACGCCCUGAAGAUGAGGACGAAGAGCGGCUCCGGCUUCACCGUCCCCCUCGUCACUGAGCUGGACCCGGACGCUCCUCUACGGCAGCAGCGUCCGCUGGCGAAUCUGGACCGAGAGGACGACGCUCGUCUCCUGAAGAACCUGUUCAGCCUGAUCAGGGCGGGAAUGACCGAGGAGGCUCAGAGGUUGUGUAAACGCUGUGGUCAGGCCUGGAGAGCAGCGACUCUGGAGGGAUGGAAGCUUUACCACGACCCCAACAGGACCUCAGGAAACAUCGAGCUGCAGCCGGUGGAAGGAAACCCGCAGAGAGGAAUCUGGAAGGCGUGUUGCUGGAGGAUGGCUGAGGAGGAGCAGUUGAACCGAUAUGAGAGAGCGAUUUACGCCAGCCUGAGCGGAAACCUCAAACCGCUCCUGACGGUGUGCGAGUCGUGGGAGGACUGUGUGUGGGCGCACUUCAGGGUGAUGGUCGACUCGCUGGUGGAAAAGGACCUGAUGUCGUCGGGAAUGUCCCACCAGGAACUGGAGACGCUCCCGCGGGAAUAUCUGGAGGCAAACUGGACCAUGGAGAAGGUGUUUGAGGAACUUCAAGCCUCCGAGUCAAAGAGGGUGUUGGAGGAGACGAAGGAGCAUUAUCACGUCAUCCAGAAGUUCAUCAUCCUGGGAGAUCUGGACGGUCUCCUGGAGGAGUUUUCUGAUUGGCUGACGGCCUCCAAGCCCCUCCCCUCUCACCUGCUGCGCUUCAUGACUCACCUGGUUCUGUUUUUCCGCUCCCUGGGUUUGGCUUUGAAGGAGGAGGCGUGCGUGGACGUGCUGAAGUCCUACAUCUCCCUCCUGAUCCGGGACCAGCAGACGUACCUGGUGGCGAGCUACGUGGGUCAGCUCCCGGCCGAGCUCGCCACCGCCCAGUACGCCGCCUUCCUGGAGACCGUCACCCAGACGGAGCUCCGCCCCCUCUGCCUGCAGCUCGCCACCAAAGCCGGUCUGGAUGUUUCUGCCAUCACGAAGCUGGUGGUGGAGACGGUGAGAGAAAGAGACGACCCCGAGUUUACGCAUCACAGCCAGACGCUGGAGACGGGAACGACAAAGGAGGAUCAGAGGAAGAUCGACGUCAUCGACUGGCUGCUGUUUGACCCCGCCCACCGCGCAGAGUCCCUGAAGCAGUCCAACGCCAUCAUGAGGAAGUUCCUGGCGCUGCAGAAACACGACGCUGCCAAAAUGGUUUUCUCCAAAGUGCCGGAGGAUUCGAUGCGGGAGAUCUACUGCCAGUGGUCGGGGGUGGGUCUGACCACGCCCCUUCCUGCAGAGGACGAGAACGCCAUCAGAGAGCACCUGUGCAUCAGAGCCUACCUGGAAGCCCACGAGGCGUUCACUGACUGGUUCAGCCACAGCAGCUCUGCGCCCCAGAAGCCGGCGCCGGUUCCCGAGGCCAAGUUCACGGAGAGAGUGGCCAAUGAGAUGCGAGAGAAGGAGUACCAGACGUCCCUGUCCUCCUGGUCCAGUCGUCUGGACGUCCUGACUGAAGACGUGAAGGAGAGAAUCUACAACGUGCUGCUGUUCGUCGAUGGAGGAUGGAUGGUGGACAACAGACAGGACUCGGAGCAGGACUCGGAGCGCAGCCACCAGAUGGCGUCGCUGCGCAGCCUGUGUCUUCCUCGCCUCUGCUUCCUGCUGCUCAGCGUCCUGCAGAGCUCCUCCCGACACCAGGAGGCGCUGCGACUGGCCGACAUCAUCUCCUCCGACCAGCACCGCCUGUACCAGGUUUUCUCUAAGGAGGAGCUGAGGAGGUUCCUGCAGAAGCUCAGGGAGUCGUCGCUCUCCCUCUUGGACCGAGGUCUCGACCCUUUGGGCUACGAGUUACAGCCGUGAGAUUACAAAGAAAAUGUAAAACCACAGCUGGUUUUGUUUUGUUUUGUUUUGUUUUCCAGAAUGUGUUUGUGUCUUUUUGCAAAAUUAAAAUCUUUGUUUCCUGUA